AUGACUGGCACAUUGCGUCUUGGAAGUAAAUAUAUUCUUGGAGGUCAUGAUGCUAAGCCUGCGGAGUUUCCUCAUAUGGGUGCCAUCGGCUGGAAAAGCGUUGAAGGGGAAAGAGUUUGGAAGUUCCAAUGUGGAUGUGCUCUCAUCAGUCCAAAGUUUGCUCUCAGCGCGGCUCAUUGCAGCCAGGCAGACCCGAGGGACAUGACUAUAGCCGAUAUCAAUCCAAAUAUAGUUAGAUUUGGUGUUGAAGAUAUACUUGGUCAAACCUCUUGGGAUCGUCUACCAGCAGACAGAUUAAUUACAAAAAUCAUAGUACAUCCCAAGUAUGCUUCGCCCAAGAAGUAUUUUGACCUAGCUCUCUUUGAGCUUAACAUAGAAAUAACCUUCACCUCGUUCGUGCAACCAGCUUGUCUCUGGAAUGGAGGCGUUGAACAAUCGAAGCAUACUACUAUAACUGGUUGGGGUGAUACUGCAGAAGGUUCUCACAAAGGGGCUCCAUUUCUCCAGGUUGCUAGUGUUGGUAUCGUAGAUUUUGAAACUUGUGAUUCGUUGCUGAAAAGGUUUUGCAAUAGACUCUGGUGUGGACUCCAGGAUCAUCAGUUCUGCGCUGGUCAGCUCAGCGGUGGAGUAGAUUCUUGCCAGGGCGAUUCUGGAGGGCCUUUGCAAAUGAAAAUCCCUUUACCGGCUGAAACGAAGGAGUCGAUGCAUUACCUCAUUGGUGUGACGUCAUUCGGAUUUGGUUGUGGACGGGCCAAUACGCCUGGGGUGUAUACUAAAGUGGCUCACUUCCUUGAUUGGAUAGAAAGUGUCGUCUGGAAUUGA